AUGGCUCUGAGAUCUGCCGCCCUCCUCCUCUGUUCCCUCCACUUUGCCCUCGGGACUCCACCAGUUUCCCAGUUCGAUCCCGACACCGCUGGCAUCGCAAAUGCCACUGUCACAAACCACGCCUUCAUCGGAGCAGGCACAAGCAUCACCCUGACCGGCAACGAUGCUUCUUGUGCCCAGACCAGCCAGACCGUGCCCGUCGACUUGUGUCGAGUUUCCCUGCAGAUAUCAACCAGCAACCGGUCUGGCGUUGUUGCUGAGGUCUGGCUGCCGGAAGAUUGGAACGGUCGUCUGGUCACUACUGGCAAUGGAGGUCUUGGUGGCUGCAUUGACUAUGCAAGCAUUGCAUACACAAGCCAGAACGGCUUUGCCAGUGUGGGAACGAAUAAUGGACAUAAUGGGACCUCGGGCAUCCAAUUCCUGAACAAUGCAGAUGUAGUUACUGACUUUGCAUGGCGAGCUGUGCACGUAGGUGUAGAGACAGGCAAGGCAAUGCUCUCACCCUUCUACGGCCAAGAGGCCAACAGAUCCUACUACCUAGGCUGCUCCCUGGGGGGCCGCCAGGCCAUCAAAGCUGCAGACAUGUUCCCCGACGACUUUGACGGCAUCUCAGCAGGCUGCCCGGCGGUAGAUUUCAACAACUUGUACUCAUGGCGAGCCAGCUUCUACCCGACAACCGGCGCCAACGGGUCAGCAAAUUUCAUCCCGACAAACGUGUGGGAGACGACCAUCCACGACGAGGUGCUCCGGCAGUGCGACACUAUCGACGGGGUGGCGGAUGGCAUCAUCGAGGACUCGAGCCUGUGCCGUUUCGACCCGGACGCCCUUCUUUGUGGAACAGUUGUAAACAGCUCGGCGUGCCUCACUUCUGCGCAGGUCGACAUUGUACGCACCAUCUUCAGUCCUUAUGACUGGCAGAACGGCACACUGUUGUACCCUGCCAUGAAUCCCGGCAGCGAGAUCCUGGCUGCUGCUGGACUGUACGAUGGCCAGCCCUGGGCCUUGUCGGAAGGGUGGUUUCGAUAUGCCGUCUACAACAAUCCAAGCUGGGAUCCUGCGAAUUAUUCCUUGGCAGAUGCUGAGGUGGCAGACGAGGUGAACCCAGGCAACAUUCGCACGUGGCCAGACACGCUGUCCGAUUUCCAGAGCAGAGGAGGCAAGCUCAUCAUGUACCACGGCGGCCAGGACAACCAGAUCAGCAGCUUCAACAGCCCCCGGUACUACGAGUAUCUGAGGGCAGGGAUGAACUAUUCCACCGACCAGAUGGACGAAUUCAUCCGCUUCUUCCGCAUCUCCGGCAUGUUCCACUGCGAGACGGGUCCUGGGGCCUGGGUGAUUGGUCAGCUCGGCGGGGCCGCAGCCCAGGGGCCCUUUGAUAGAGAGCACAACGUCCUGGCCGCGCUGGUGGCAUGGGUCGAGCAGGGUGCGGCGCCUGACACCCUCACGGGGACCAAGUAUGUGAAUGACACGGCCAGCGCGGGCGUGGACUUUGAGAGGGCGCACUGCAGGUGGCCUCUGAGGAACACGUACCUUGGGGAGGAUCUCGGAGGCUGA